GUUGGCGGGAAAUGUUCUCGAGUUCUUCCCCACGCGCGCCAUUUCCCAUCAAACGCCCCGAGGCCGAGGGUUCAAUCUCUCUGUCUCCCAAGCGCAAGUCCCCGGAAAUCUAGGCGAACCAGCCCAAGCCCAAGCUCAAAUCCGGCGAUGGCUCCCAAGCGCAAGUCUCCGGCUGCGGCGGCUAAGGCGCCGGCGAUGUCGCCGAGGAAGACGCGGAGCAUGGCCGCCGGGAAGCGGGGCGCGGUGGCGCCGGCCAAGGAGGAGGGGGAGGCUGAGGCGGUGCCGGUGCAAGCGGCGACUGCGCUGAAAGGGUGGAAGAAGGAGGUGGCGGCGGCGGCGGUGGAGAAGGAGGAUGCAGAUGCGGUGCCGGUGCAGCCUGCCGCGAAGCAGAAGGGGAGGAAGAAGGCCAAGAAGGAGGUCGCGGCUGCGGUGGCGGAGGAGGAUGAGGGUGCUUCCGUGCAAGACGGGAAGCGCGUCGUCGUGGAAGCUUGCACCCAAUGCCAGCACUUUAAGAAAAGAGCUUUGAAGGUGAAGGAGGAUUUGGAAAGUGCUGUCCCCGGGCUUUCUGUGAUAAUCAACCCUGAAAAGCCACGCCGUGGGUGUCUUGAGAUACGUGAGGAAGGCGGUGAAGUCUUCAUAUCACUGCUGAACAUGCCUCGGCCCUUCACAGCGAUGAAGAAGCUUGACAUGGACGAGGUCAUCCAGGACAUUGUCAAGAAGAUUUCCUGAAUCUGAUCAGGCAUUCAUGAUUGGAGGCCCCCCUUUUGCGAUGGAAAACAUGAGCGUUCAGGGCUAAUUUUGGGUAGGAACUUGAUAUCACAGUGGCCAUAAAAUGUGGAAUCACUGGUCUGUUAAUUAUGCAUCUGAUGUAGCCGAGACAUGUCGAAUUAAUCGAAGUGGCAAAUGGAUAUUAAUGCUCAAUAGUCCAUGUUCUAGA